AUAUAUAUAGAUAUUUAGGACUCAAGUUUCUAUAUUACAAAUUGUGUUUCAUUCACCCACAAAGUUAAUCAUCUACACUCCUUCAUUGAAAGCUGAUCUGCUUUGCUUUCUUCCCUCUUCCUUCCAUGUCCUGCAUAAGUCUAAGGCUUCCACCAGCCAGAAAGAUAUGGAAGAGCUUGAUCACCUCCACACUUGGCAAACUUCACAAGAUUCGUAGGUCCAAUUCCAAAGCCAUGAAGAAACCCAGAAAGCAUAUAUUAAAAACCACCACCACCAGUACCACUACCACUACCAGGGUGACUCCCAAGUUCCUUGCUGCGAGGCGUUUUCGCUGCAAAAGAUCAUCAACCUCUACCAAAAGGGCCAUAUACAGGUUCCACAAAGAGCCUGCACCUGUGUACAUUGAUAAGCUUUUUAAAGAGCCUUCAUGUGACUUGGUGGAGAAUGGGAAGCCACAAUUGACAGCACAAAAGCCACGAACUGAGAAGAAUGCAAAGCUCUCUUCACAGAAAGGGAAAGAAGGACCUGGAACUAGUAAAGGAGGUGGUGGAUCUGAUCACAAGCCCUGUGCUUCAGAUGAUAUGUGGGAGUCUCUGGCACUGGCUUCACCUCAAAUGCAGGGAAUUGAUGAAAGAGCAGAGGAGUUUAUCACUAUGUUCAGAAAAGAGAUGGUGGCGCAAGAAAUGUUGGCUAGAACUAGAAAUUUGUAGUCCAUGUUCUAGACUAGAGUACUACUAGGUUUGCAUUAUUAAACAAGGAUCUUUCUUAUUCAAGAUGUGUAGAAAGAAUUCCAUCUUGUUUUCCAAUUUUCAUGUGCAUGUGAUCCUACUCUGUUUACUAACUUCUAAACCUUGUAUCUUGAUUCUCUUAUGUUGUUUUGUUUUGUUCAAGAAUCAUUUUUUGAUCAUAUAUCAAAUAAUCAUUUUAAUGCUCAAA